GAAAGGCCCAUUUGAAUAUAUGAUUGCAUUUAUUACUUCCAGGCAGUCUUAAUUAAUUUAUCUGCAUCAGUAUUAUACAUAUCAUUGUAAUCAUUUUGAAAUUCUUCACUGCAAUUUGUAUUCUAAUCACUGUGCCAAAGAAGCACAUAAAUGCCUUUAGUCCUCCCUUAUAAAAUUGUCUUUCCAGGGGCCCUGUUAAAUCUGACAGUGGUUUAAGAUUCCUUUCAAACCCGUAUCCGCAAAAAUCCUUCUGUUCCCCUUCCUCCUUGGAAGGGGCCGUGCAUUGUCACAGCAACAGGGCAAUGGGGGUCUGUGAGUGUCCCCACUGAGUCAGAGGACGGAGAUCAUGGUUGUCAUGGCAGCACCAAAUCCAAAAGACAAAGGCGUAUCAAAAGGUGAAACCCUAGAUGGGGUGGGGAGGCCCCAAGACUGGAGGAAUGAUAUAUACAAGAUGGGGGAGGUCUGAAAGAGAUUCUUCCGCCAGACACGACUAUGGACUUAGAUAAUCACAAUCAGAGAGAAAAUACAUGUUUACCUUAAUAACAACUGUCCAUAUUAGUAUUUAUAAAUAUUAUUUAAAAAAAUAAUAAUUAAAUUCUUGAAAUACUAGAAAAGACUCCAAGAAGGGCAUUGUGUAGAUCUCAAAGCAGAAAGAAUCGGUCUAAAUGGGUGCAAGGUUUUAAAAGCAAUGAACAAGGGGUAAGAAGCUUUCUGUCUUUGUUGUGCAAAUGUCACUAGCGGCUGAUGCAGCGCUUGUGCUCUCCUAUUGGAGGAGUGUUUGAAUUGAAAGGUAAAUUAAAAGCUGAUUACUGGCCCAGAGGGACUUUGAACUGACACUCAUUGCAGAAGGCGGUUGGAAGCAGGGAACUGUGGGAAGGAAACUGUGGACAGAAGUCGGCUCUAAAGCUGGGGACUUGAGCGGGAGCGGUGUGUGCGUGCAAGUGAUAGGCGACUUAUUGUUCAGCCAAGUUGCAGUUAUGCAAGAACCCAUUAAAAGUAGAAAAAUAUAUAUUUUAUCUUAAAUGUGUGCAUGAAUAACUACUGUUGACAUGGAUGCUAAUUCAGUUAAGUACAUGAAUUCAUUUUUUAAAUAAUCCAAUUUUUCUGUUCUAUUGGAAACUGAAAUUGUGUGUGUGUGUGUGUGCGUGUGUAUGUUAGUAAAAAUUGCUCUGUAGAUCUGUUCUUGCUUUUUGUAAGUUUCUUGCUUUCAAAUGCAUUUUUAGGAUGACUUCAAAGGAUUUUAUUUAUGAAACAGUCAAAUUUCUUUUGAAGAAAACUUUGGGGAGAACAUUUUACAAGGAAAUAUUUUUGGAGACAUUUGUUCUUUUGUUUUUUGUUUUUUGUGAAUAUUUGGAAGCCAGGUUUCACCAGUGACAGUUUAUAGUGGGUAAAUGCCAGCUAGCAUGUCUGUUUAUUAGCAAUCUGCACAUUGGUAUUGCUAGACUUGAUACCAUUGAUGAAAUUGUUUGAUUGAGAUGGGGGAAAGGGACACAUUUCACUUGAGAGAAAGAAUUCAUUUGGGCAACAUUUUGGAUGGUAAUGGGGGGUAAUGGGAUGAAUGACCACUUCAAAUGACUUUCUAGAAUGCGCAUUUUUUCAUGGGUUUUCAAGCAUCCGUCUGUUAAAUUAGAUUGGCCUACAUGCCAAUUCCUUCUGACUGCAGAACGAGAGUAUCUUUCUUCAUUAUGUAAAAAAAGACUGGUGCGCAACUUCAUCAUAACGAUUAAGUGGUAUCUCGCUGCCUGAAAUAAUAAUUCAGAGAAUGCUGAAAGCUUCGUUUUGUACACUAAUGGUGUUUUGAAAUUGUGGUGCAUUGCCCCAAGCGUCACCUCGUCUGGAAAGCUCCGAUCCUGGGAGUCCACCCGUAUCUUUACUCUAGCCACCCACCGCUGCCACCAGUCAGCAUUUGAAUGAGAGCUGGGUGAAGUUAGUGGCGGUAGUGACUUGGUCCUUAUUAGCGAAGGCUCCGUACUCUCUCUCUCAAACUGUCCGAGUUCACGAAAUGUUUUGGUAUGUGGUGUACUUGCAACAAGGAAAGGACUGAAAUGUUUUCGUGAGAAAAAGUAUCUUCCAAGAAACAAAACUGCUGUAGGCUAUACAAAGUCGAAGUAAACACAAAAGUUGUCGUUGCAGAGAGAUGCCCAAGGGACUCCUCCCGUCUCUCAAAAUGACAUUCAACCCUGUGCCUGCAGCCUUUGGCACCCAAUUCUCAGUGUGAUGCUAAAGCUAUUGACGGCAUGCCCAAGGCCUCCCUCACACACAGCUUCCCUCCACAAUGAGCUCUCGGCUGGCGGACCAACAGGGCGGCAUGCAGUACUGCCGCCACUUCCUGGCCGACAACAGUGCCUUCCACGUCGAGCGAUGUAUGAGUGUCAUGCAGUCGGGGACCCAGAUGGUCAAGCUGAAGAACGGCUCCAAGGGUUUGGUGCGGCUCUUCUACCUGGACGAGCACCGGUCCUGCAUCCGAUGGCGGCCCUCCAGAAAGAGCGAGAAGGCCAAGAUCACUAUUGACUCUCUGUACAAGGUGUCUGAGGGCCGGCAGUCAGACAUCUUCCACCGACAUGCAGACGCAAACUUUGACCCCGGCUGUUGUUUCACCAUUUACCAUGGAAACCACAUGGAGUCCCUGGACCUGGUGACCACCAAGCCCGAGGAGGCACGCACCUGGGUGACAGGGCUCAGGUACCUAAUGGCCGGGAUCAGCGAUGAGGACUCACUGGCUAAAAGGCAACGCACCCAUGACCAGUGGAUGAAACAGACUUUUGAAGAGGCAGACAAGAAUGGAGAUGGUCUCCUGAAUAUCGAGGAGAUCUACCAACUUCUUCACAAGAUGAAUGUGAACCUCCCACGGCGAAAGGUGAAGCAGAUGUUCCAGGAGGCGGAUACGGAUGACCAGCAGGGCACCCUGACUUACGAGGAGUUCAGUGUCUUCUACAGGAUGAUGUCAAUGCGCAGGGAUCUCUUCCUCCUGCUCAUGUCCUUCAGCGAAAGGAAGGACCACCUGACUGCGGAGGAGCUAGGAAACUUUCUGCGUACGGAGCAGAAGAUGGCCAACGUGACCACAGAGUACUGUCUGGAUGUCAUUGAUAAGUUUGAAGUCUCAGACGAAAACAAACAGAACUGUGUCAUGGGAAUUGAAGGCUUCACCAACUUUAUGCGCAGUCCUGCCUGUGACGUCUUCAACCCCCUACACCACGAGAUCAACCAGGACAUGGACCAACCUCUCUGCAACUACUACAUCGCAUCGUCCCACAACACCUACUUGACUGGAGACCAGCUGCUCUCUCACUCCAAGACCGACAUGUACGCCUGGGUCCUUCAGUCUGGCUGCCGCUGCGUGGAAGUCGACUGCUGGGACGGCCCUGAUGGGGAACCCAUGGUCCAGCACGGCUACACCCUCACCUCCAAAAUCACCUUAAAGUCUGUCAUCGAGGCCAUCAACAAGUAUGCUUUCAUCAACAACGAGUACCCGGUGAUCCUCUCCAUCGAAAACCACUGCAGCAUCCAGCAGCAGAAGAAGAUCGCCCAGUACCUGAGGGAGAUAUUCGGUGACAAGCUGGAUGUGGGGGAGUCGCUCAGCAAGGACCACAAAAUGCUGCCCAGUCCCAACAGCUUGAGGGGAAAGAUUCUCAUCAAGGGUAAGCGUUUGCCCCCGUACCUGUCUGCUGAUGUAGAGGAGGGGGAAGUGUCAGACGACGACAGCGCUGAUGAGAUUGAGGAUGACUUCAAGCUGAAGAACAGCAGCAGCAAUGGUCCCAACCAGCACCAAGUGGAGUCGUACAUCCGGAAGAAGCUGGACUCGCUGGUGAAGGAGUCCCAGAUCGGUGACAAAGAGGACACGGACAGCUUUUCCAUCCGUGCACUGUUACGCGCCACCCACGAGGGCCUCAACAUGAACCUCAAACAGAACUCCAAUGUCAGAGAGGGGCUGAAGAAGUCUCAGAGCCGCUCCUUCAUCAGCAACCUGAAGUACAAGAGACACUCCAAAUCCAGGUUCAAGUCUCAGAGCUUAGAUACAGAGGAGGAUGGACUGCAGGAAGCAUCCGGAAAAGACACGGGCCAGUUCAUCAGGGGUUGUAGACGGAGGAAGACCAUAAAGCUGAGUAGAGACCUUUCAGACCUGGUGGUGUUCUCCAACUCUGUGGUCUCCCAAGAGUGCCUGGAAGAGAGUACUCCAGGGAAUGUUCUGUCCUUUAGCGAAAAUCGUGCGCAGCAUCUGGUUCACCACAGAGCGGAGCGCCUCAUCUCCUUCAAUCAGAGGCAGCUCUCCCGCAUCUACCCAUCUGCCUACCGCAUAGAUUCCAGUAACUUCAACCCCCAGGUCUACUGGAAUGUUGGCUGCCAACUGGUGGCGCUGAAUUACCAGACUGAGGGGCGUAUGAUGCAGUUGAACAGGGCCAAGUUUUUGGCAAAUGGUAACAGUGGAUACGUCCUCAAGCCCCAGCCCAUGUGUAAAGGUUCAUUCAACCCAUUCUGUGAUGACCCCUUCCCUGCGUACCCCAAGAAGCAGCUGUUGCUGAAGAUAAUCAGCGGACAGCAGUUACCCAAACCCCCAGACUCCAUGCUGGGGGACCGAGGAGAGAUUAUUGAUCCCUUUGUGGAGGUGGAAAUCAUUGGUCUGCCUGUUGACUGCUGCAAAGAACAGACUAGAGUGGUCGAUGACAAUGGGUUUAACCCUGUGUGGGAAGAGACUCUCUCUUUCACCCUGCACAUGGCAGAGUUGGCACUGGUGCGCUUCCUGGUCUGGGACCAUGAUCCAAUUGGACGAGAUUUUGUUGGGCAGAGGACAGUGGCCUUCAGCAGCUUGAUGCCAGGUUAUAGACAUGUUUACCUGGAGGGACUGACUGAGGCCUCCAUCUUUGUGCACAUCGCAGUGCAUGACAUCUACGGCAAGUGGAGUCCCCUAGUCCUCAACCCCAGCUAUACCAUUAUGCACUUUCUAGGAGCUAAUAAGGGUCGACAACUCAGAGGAAUUAAAGGCCUGUUCAAUAGGAACAGUAAGCGCUCGGUGGACACCCACACAGGACUCCCGCUGCGUAAACGCUCCGUCAGCGAUCACCUGCUGCGCCGCACUGCUAGCGCCCCCGCCAAAGGCCGCAAGAAGUCAAAGAUGGGCGGCUUCUCCGAGGCGUCGUCCGACAGGAACAGCGGCGGCGACCCCCAGGACUCUCAGGCGUCCCACGGGGCAGUGGAGAGGCGUGCUCCCCCCCGUCCCCAACUGCAGCACCGCCCCGCUUCCAUGCCGCUGGAGAAGCUCCUGCAGGGGGCGCUGGCUCUCUCCUCGCCCAACCAGGAUCAGCCUGACCCAGGCACCGACACGCAUACGGAAAUGGUUGCCUUGGAGAGACCCAAGUCUGCAUCAGUGGAUCUCCUCAUUGAAACCUCUGCUUGCUUACAACCCCAAGACCUGUCCCUGCCUGCUGACUCCUCCCAGGAAUGGACCAUGAAGCCCGCUGAGGUACAGGAGACUACCUACUUAGUAAUUGGGGAAGGCAGCAAUGAUGGACACAGUGACGAUAGCCCCAAAGACCUACAUGACCAAUCAGAUGAAGCAGCUGAACUUGCUUCCCCGAACAAAACAAUUUUGUACCAAACCAGUUUCCCUGACACAGCAGGGGACCAUAUAAGGUCACAGUCCUCCAAUGUGCAAGCCAGGAAUGAUGAUAUACCAGUGUCGAGCAGGUUGGACAUGAGAGCACUCACCUCCUCAAUGGCAGCUCCCUCCUCUGCCCUACACAUGGACCAGUCUGACGUGCCCAGUGAAAUUUCACUGCAGGAUAGUACAAUUUCCCGUCUCAUUGAUGCUGUCUCCCUCGGCAACGGGAGCGACACCUGUGGAUCAAUAUCUGCACUGAUUGGUCAGUUUGAUGUCACCAGUGAUCAGAGCAACCUGACCUUGGUGUCCAACAUGAAUGGCACCCAGCCCCACAAACUGACUCCCUGCAGAACCCCUCCCUUUGACCCAUCUGAUACCGCCCUCUUCUCCAGCCCAGAGACCACUGACCCAUCUGUCUACACCAUCCUGGAUGAGGAGGUGCUGUCGCCUGUCACUGUCUAUAACUUACGAGAGCAGAGCAUCCAGAAAAUGAGGGUGGAGUCCGAGGAGAGCACCCCAGUAGGCAGCUUAGCUCCAUCCCCUGUCAAGCACCCCCAUCUUCAGUGCUCAGACAAUGAGGACAACUGGGGUCACCCAUAUCACUGUGCAGGCAUGCAGGAAGAGGAUCAUAGGAUGCACUCAUGUCACAAUGAGGACAUGGUGGGUGAAGGUCAUAGGUUGCUUUCAUAUCAUACUGAGAACACUAGGGAUCAUGGUAGCAAUGUACCCUCAUAUCACACUGCGGUCACUGAGUUGCCUUCAUAUCGUACUGUGGGCAUGAAGGGCAAGGGUAGUGGGUUACACUCAUAUCACUCUAAUGCCUUGGAAGACAGUGGUAGUCCAGUCCAUUCAUAUCACAACAAUGCCAUGGAAAGCAAGGGCAGCAGGGUACCUUGGUAUCACUCAGCAGUUGUGAGUGAGGGUGAGGGCAGCUCAAUACCCUCGUAUGGUUCCCCACGUUUUGCGAGAGAGGGCUACCAAGGCCGAGGAAACGUCAGCAUUAACAGCACCGCUUCUGACUGCUUCCUCCUCUGCCAUGACUCCGCAGGCAGCAGUCUGAUGGAGGUUGAGAUCAAUGUCGACGAGGACCCGCUGGAUAUCACGCUGACUCCCAGAAACGGCUCUGCAUGGGUGGGGGCCGGUGAAACCCCCUCCACCCUCCGCAGACUCCCAAAGUCCAGCACAAGGUGUCAGUACAGCUGCCCUGUCACCAGCCCCAGAACUGAACACCACCUUGCCAAUAAUGGGGUCAAUGUGCAGGGAGAAUACAGUAAAUCCUCCCACGGUGGGUACUAUGAGUCAGGUGACAGGUGGGCUUCAGCGGAGAGAAAUGAGCGGAACUACAAUGGCUAUGCCUCAGACUGUUUCUGGGUACCCAGGAGUGUCAGCCCCAUUCAGCAGUGCUUAGAUCGCCAUCUCGUCUCCUGCUCUCCCCCUCUUCAAAACAAUUCUAGAGGACUUCCAGUCCCGGCCCAGCAGGGUCAUACGGACACCAACCUCAAUCCUCCUCCCAUAUCCAAAGUCCCCAGCCCCUGUAAGUCCAAAAGCCUUGGUGACCUGACCUCAGAGGACAUUUCCUGCAACUUUGAGAGCAAGUACAAGUUCAUUUGCCGCAGCUUUGUGACACCUGGUAUGCGGGAUAGAAAGUGGAUGGGUAGUCUGACCAAUCGCCCGCUUUCUGCCGACCCCCUCACUGAGCAGCUGCGCAAGCUGGUGUCCCUUGAGCAGGAGGACCGUCCCCUCCCUCCGCUCCUGCCUCUGCCUGCGUGUCCCUUGGGUGGCGACGAGGACUCUCCACAGGUCCUGUCCCGGAGGCUGUCAUCCCGCAGUCAGAGCCGUGUGCGUCACAUUGCCAGCCGUGCUCGAGAAAGGCAGCAAGAGGCCUGUAAACCCCAUCUCUCUGGUGCCCCCUGCAGCACAGCUGGAGUAGUGCUUCGCAACAAACCUGCUGCACAAAACCCCACUGCCAACAGGCACUCCACUGGUUCCUACAUCGCUGGCUACCUGGACCAAGUGGAGGGCCGAGGGCUGCCUGAAGGUGCCUGCACUACACUGCACUACAGCUACAGAGAUCACAGCUACAAUGAUGACUCUGUACUGCAGGCAGACUCCUGCCCCCCUUCAGAACCUGAGGUGUACUUCCUGCUUAGACUGUAAAUCUAUUUCCUGUUCAGAUUAUAAAUCUGUUUCCCUUUCAGCCAGUAAAUUUAAUUUCUGCUAAGAAUGUAAAUAUUUCAUCCUAAGACUACAAAUCUACUUCAUAAUCAGACUGCAAAUCAACUUGCUGAUCUACUCCCUUUUCAGACUAUCUACACUAUGAAGCAAAAAACAGAAUUGUUACAGGGAGAGGGACAUGAGACAUCUCAAAUGUUCUAGCAAAAAAAUGCAGUCACUCUGAAAGAUGCGUUCAAUUUUAAUAGAGAUCCUUAAUAAGUCUUCCUCCAUCUCUAUGUGUUCUGUGUUUGUCUGUGCUGUACUGUAUAUAUGUGUAAAGGUUGCAAUUAGUACGGUAUAGAUCUUUAAAAAAAAAAGCUGACUAAAUGUCUCAAAAAGUGCAUGUAACAGUUGACAUGACCAGCAUGACUAUGCAGAACUCUGUAUAUGUUUCAGUGUUCUGCAUUUGCAUACAGCUGAACUCUAGUGCAUUGGGCUACAUCAGAUUGCUUGCUUUCUGGUAGUUAUGAAUUCAAAAUAUUUUAAACACUACUGCAUAUUUUAAAACCAUGGAGUUAAAUGCUUUUAUUUUUGUAACUGCUUUGAUACAAGCACAAAAAUAAUUUUGUUUGAGGUACUACUUAUUGUCGUUUUGGAGGGAGCGAACAACAGACAGCAUGAAACAGGUAGAUAAAAAUGUUUGUUCAAAACCUCACAAAGCUGAAGUUUAUAUUUUCUGUGUUUAAUGCAUUCACAAAAAAUACUGUUAUGUCUCCAGGUUGCUCAAAAGGACGCUGAGAGCAUUUUCCGGACCAAUGCAAUAAAAUAUUUAAGUAUUGAAACACACAAAGUAAGAAAAA